ACUUUGCCGUGCUUGCGCACUGCAUUUUCCAGGCUUGCGCCCUGCACGGCUGUGCUUUCGCACUGCCAAAGUUCGCUGUGCUUGCGCACUGCCAAAGUUCGCCGUGCUUGCGCACUGCCUACCUUCCAGCAUCAGACAGCUGAAAUGAAUCUCCAACAGGACCAGGCAGGAACUCGUCAUGGUCUCAGCAAUAGUCAGCUGAGAUACAGCUCCAAUACUCCCAGGAGCUCGUCGAGGAAGUUGACUCAAGUUGUAGUCCUCGUCCUCAGGAAGAAACGUGAUACACAACAUUGUACACUUCAUAGAAGGCAGAAGCUGAUAGAGACUAUGCCGGUGGCGUUCUUGCUCAUGAAGAGGAGAAUGGAGGACAGCUACCGGCGCAUGCUGUAUUAUAUGCGCGAAAACUUCCUCACUUGUAAUUUCCUGUCAAUCACCACCCACUUCAAAGUCGGACUGGUGAAUGCCGUCAGGGUGGUAUUCCCAGAGGCGCAGCAUUUAGGAUGCUGUUUUCACUUCUGCCAAUCGAUUUGGCGGCACGUGGUGGCUGAAGGCCUUAUGGCCUCAAUAUGUGCUGACUUCGAAGUGAAAAAAGGUGUGAAGAUGCUCAUGGCUCUUCCUCACUUGCCACCACACCGAGGGCCCUCUCACGAUGACCGGGACCCUCCUUAUGACAUUGCUGACGGUCUGAAUACCAUCAGCAAUUACAUCGAUGAGGGAAGCCUGGAUCAGCACAGUCGCUUAAGUGAGGAGGUAAUGGGUGGGGGUGAUUGGCGUGGAAAGCCUGUCGACAUUUCAGACGCCACGCAGAUGGAACAACCACUCAGAGAGUUUUCACUCGAGGAUGCUGGCCGCCGUCGGUGUUCGGUGUCAAUAGACAUCUGGAGCUUCGUAAGACGACUCUGCAUCAUCGAAGAUAGAGUGUUCGGGAAUCUGCAGAGGAUGGAUCGUGGCAAUUGCCAGAGGAUCCGAAGUAGGAGUGGCCCCGAAAACGACUCCCACACAGGCACUUGCAUCUUCCAUUAUCAUCUGUUUUUCCAAUGA